AUGGUGGAAGAGUUGUUGGAACUGUUAAGAGACACAAAGUCGAACAUGGCGGGGAAAGGCUUGGACUUCGAAGGCGAUCUGGUAAAGCUAUAUGCAGACAUACGUACAAUGAUGGCCGAAAAAUUUGAAGAGUCUGAUUUUGGCCCAAAGGAAAUCAUGCAGCCGUCGGUAGAAAUAGACGAAAUGAGUAGAGACGAGUACAGAGAAUUCAAGAAAAAGGUCGAUGAACAAGAAAGGGCAAUCAAAUUAGGGUACAACAGGAUUAAAGCCAAGGUAAAGAAACUACGAUCGGGCUUUCAAAAAAUGUGUUGCAGAGUCCACAAGGUCUGGGAGUGGAAGAAUUAUCAAGGAACACUGGGAUACCUUGGUCGCAAUUUGGGGAGGAACCCCAGGUGCAGAGCCACUAGAAUGUGGAAUAAAUACCAUGGGAGAGACAUCAUCAGAGUCAGGAAAGCCAAGUGGCAAAGUGGACACCAAGGAAAGUGAAGACUUGUCCAUAGAAACUAAAGAUGAUGAAGAAGCAGGGCCACCAGAACGAAAAAAACAAAAAUGUGCAACAGCAAGAUAUGUAGAUGA